AUGGAUAAGAUUGGAGAGAUAACAAAAGAGGAUAAAAAAGAGGAAAACUCAGCUACAAAUACUAAAUAUUUUUUGGAGAAUAAUGAGGAGAAGGAAACAAUUUUUUCAAAAGAAUCAUCUCCAUCUUUGUCGGGUGUUAGUUCAAGUUCAGAUUCUAUUAAUAGUAGUAUUAUAAAAAAAAUUAUAUCUAUAAAUGAAGAUUAUAAUGAUAAAAAUUGUGUUGUAUGUGGUGAUAAAUCAAGUGGUAAACAUUAUGGUCAAUAUUCAUGUGAGGGUUGUAAAAGUUUUUUCAAAAGAAGUAUUAGAAGAAGUGUAAGUUAUAUUUGUAGAGGUAACAAGAAUUGCAGUAUUGAUAUUAAUCAUAGGAAUCAAUGUCAAUUUUGUAGAUUAAAAAAAUGUAUUAAAAUGGGAAUGAGGAAAGAAGUUCAAAGAGCUAGAAUUCAAACAAAUUAUACAUAUGCAUAUAAUUUUCCUAUUCCAACAAGGCAUGGAUCAAAUUAUUUAAUGAAUUCUAUCCUUUCUCCAACUACUUCAACCACCACAGGCGGUGGGGUACCUUUUAUGUCAAUGCCACAAAAUUGUGAAUAUAGACAUAAUGUUGAAGUGAUAAAACAAAUUGUUAAUUCAGAAACAUUUUUUACAAAUUUUCUUUUAACAGUUUCUUUAAAAGAAAAACAAUUAAUGUAUCCAGUGGUUCAUUGGGCUAAAUCACUUGAAUAUUUUAAUUCACUUUGUUUUGAAGAUCAAAUAACUCUUUUAAAAACUAAUUGGUCUUAUGUAUUUCUAUUGAAUUAUUAUUCUUUACCAAUGUGUGGAGUUGAGAUGAAUUCUUUCACCAAUGAUUCAUGUUUAAAAUUUUAUAGAAAUCUUAUUGAUAGAUUACGAGCUUUAAAAUUAGAUAAUGUUGAGAAUGGUUGUAUGAAAGCUUUAUUACUUUUUAAUCAUGAUAAUUAUGAUCUUCUAGAUAUUGAAAAAGUUGAAGUUAUUCAGGAACGGGUAUUAUUUUCAUUUGAAGAGUACGAAAAAAAUAAAGAUAUAUGUGGACAGGAACAUCGUUUUGGAAAAAUUCUUCUCCUUUUAUCAAGUAUAAAAUCAAUGAAAGAAAACUUUAUACAAAAAAAAUUUUUAUCAAAUGUUUUUACAGACUCCUCCUCCUUAGAAACAUUAUUAAGAGAAAUUGUUUUACCAACUGAAAGGCAACCUAACCAAAAUCAAAAUUUUAUUCAAUGUUUUCCAAUAAUAUAUCCACAACCAUUUCCAACAAAUUUUUUUGGAAAUACUUCUUAUCAACCUUUUAAUUCUUAUACUAAUGGUUUACCAUCAACAGUAAAUAUUCAAAAAGAAAGUAUUCCAUUUUCAUUAAUAAAUCAACAAUCAAAUCAUCCUUUUUUAAAUAUUUUUCCAUUAACUUCAACAACACACCUUUAG